AUGCUGGUGGGGCCCGUGGCACCCACAGCAGACAGGGCAUCGGCACUGGAGCCUCUGCCGCAGUUCUACUACAGCGAAGCCGGACACUGCGGAGGGCUCACCGACCCUUACGUCACCAACGUGUUCGGAUACGUCAAUUCCUUCGACGUCGAUGUCUGGAUCGGGUUGUUCUCGGCAAUGCUCUUCGUGGGCUUCGUGGUGGCACUGAUCGAUGCGAAGUUCAAGUUCUCUCGUCUGGCCGUCGCCUACUACUUCGCAUUCCUCAGCCUGUUCAGCAUCUUCCUCAUGGAAGCGUCCCCCCGGGUGACACGUGGUUCCGCCAAGCGGUGGCUGUACGGCACCUGGUGGCUUGCCGUGUUCGUGAUGGCCGCGGGUUUCACGGGCCACAUGAAGGCCAGCCUGACUAUGAAGGAUCCGCGCGAACGUUACGACACUCUGCAGGACAUCAUGCAGAGCAAGGAUGUGGUGCCGGUCAUCAUACGGGGCACCACCUACGAGGAACGCUUUCGGGUACGUCUUAUGCAUUGA